AUGGAGGAUACCCCAAGGAGGGAAACAAAUGGGAAUGAGUAUGCGUCUAUUCUUAGCAAUCAACUCACCCUCGAUAUCCUCACAAAUUUCUGUCUGAGAGGUGGUUUGCGCACGACCACUCUUCGAUCGAUUGCCUGGAGGGUCCAUCAUUUGCACACUAUUCAUUUGAAGUGUUUACCUAUAUCGAAGGUGGAGUGGGUUACGGUUACCACUCGCGCUAGGGACUUAUAUGCGUCACUCAAACAAAAGAACAUUCCCAAUCCGCAUGAUGAUCGAUUUUGUCAAGAUCCUCAAAUAAAUAACCCUCUUGAUCAGACGGAUCAUAAUCCAUGGCAGCAGUACUUUGCUGACCACGAUUUGCGAGAUCUAAUAUUGAAAGAUGUUGGGAGAACUUUUCCUGAGCUGGAGUUCUUUCAACAAGAUCAUAUCCGUCGAAUGAUGUGCGACAUUCUUUUGAUUUAUGCGAAGGAAAAUCCUUUUGUUUCGUAUAAACAGGGAAUGCAUGAGAUUCUCGCUCCUCUUAUGUUCGUCCUGUUUUCUGACCAGCAGUCAUUUUGUCAUUGCCUGGAAACUGGCGGUUUGAAAAUGCUAUCGGAUGAAGAUCGCUCCAUUCUCUCCCACGUAUAUGAUCCAGAACAUCUCGAAAGCGACAGCUAUCGGUGGCUCCGGUUACUGUUCGGUCGAGAAUUCGCAAUUCAUGACCUUUUGUACGUGUGGGAUGUUUUGCUAUGCGACAGGCCAGUGGCAAGAAUGGUGGAGUGCAUUUUCUUGGCGAUGUUGGUGCAAAUCCGACAUUUGCGUAAGUUUUUUGCUUUUCUAAGUUCUACAAUCGGACUAUGGCGGCUGUUUGCAAUAUUUGAUGCGUUAUCCUCCAAUAGUAGAUGUCUCAACAUUCAUUCAGCAAGCCCUCCAUUAUAG